UACUUUUAUAGAAACAGUUGCAGUCUCGAAGUAAAUUGCCUCGGCGGCUAGAAGGACUUUUAUUAAAGCAGCACGAUGCCCGCUUAUCUCUCAGAUACGCUUCUGCGAUUGAGGCGUGAUGCAGCAGCUAAAGAUAGUGCAGAUGAGGUGACCACAGUGGCUGAUGACAAUGGAGCGUCCGGUGUGGAGACUUCUACGAAACCAACUAAACAAAAUGGUAUUGACAAAAUUAUGGACGAAGCAUUACAUGAAUUAGAAAAACUACCAAUAUGGGCUAUCAUACUAAUUUGUGCGGGAGUUUUGCUUUUCUUGGUGUGUGCAGCUUAUUGUUGCUGCAAACGUAUUUGCCGCAGGAGAAAGAAGAAAGAUGGCAAAAAGGGGCUAAAAGGAGCAGUUGACCUCAGAAGUGUGCAGAUUCUAGGCAAUUCCAUCAAAGAAAAGGUGCAGCCGGACUUAGAGGAGCUGCAAAUGAAUAUGGAAGAGAAUGAAGAUGCUGAAAGUACAAAAUCUGAAGUAAAAUUAGGGAAACUCCAAUAUUCAAUGGACUACGAUUUUCAGAAAGGCGAGCUAACAGUAAAUGUAAUACAGGCUGCCGACCUACCUGGGAUGGAUAUGUCUGGGACGUCUGACCCAUACGUCAAAGUCUAUCUAAUGCCCGACAAAAAGAAGAAAUUUGAAACAAAAGUCCAUCGGAAAACACUGAAUCCAGUAUUUAAUGAAUCCUUCACAUUUAAGAACGUACCUUAUGCUGAUAUUACGGGUAAGACGCUAAUAUUUGCGAUCUACGAUUUUGAUCGCUUUUCAAAGCAUGACCAAAUUGGUCAAGUCCAAGUUCCAAUGAAUUCUAUAGAUCUUGGAUCAGUAAUUGAAGAAUGGAGGGAUCUCACCAGUCCUGAUAAUGAUGCUGAGAAAGAAAACAAGCUUGGUGAUAUAUGUUUCUCAUUGCGCUAUGUCCCCACUGCUGGCAAAUUAACUGUGGUCAUCCUGGAAGCCAAAAACCUCAAGAAGAUGGAUGUAGGAGGAUUAUCAGAUCCCUACGUCAAAAUAACUUUAUAUCUGGGAAAUAAACGACUGAAAAAGAAGAAGACAACCAUUAAGAAACAUACUUUGAAUCCUUACUUCAAUGAAUCUUUCACAUUUGAAGUUUCUUUUGAACAAAUACAGAAAGUGUCCCUUUACAUCACAGUCGUUGAUUACGAUCGUAUCGGGACGUCCGAACCUAUCGGACGAACCUUCCUUGGCUGCAACUCCACUGGUACUGAAUUGCGUCAUUGGAGCGACAUGUUGGCUAAUCCUCGCCGACCAAUUGCGCAAUGGCAUACUCUUCAAGAAGUGCCCGAGAAAAAUUAGGGCACUCAAUACCAUGGACUCCGCACUAUUUCUUCGAUUUCCCUCAGUUUUAGCUGUACAGUUUCUCCUAACCCUCUCUAUUUCAGCUUAUUUUUUUACAGCAUAUUUAAAAUAUUAUCCUUACAUUUUUUUAGAAGAAAUAUA